AUGUCGUUUGACAAUCAACUAUUUUGGAUGGGGAAGAGUAAUGGGAAUUUGAAUGACAGUGAUGACACGGCGUAUGAUAAUUCUAGAAUCGAGUCAAAGCGAUCUAAUCAGUGGUUUGUGGAUGGCCCUGAAGUGGAUCUGUCUCCCAAUAAGAAACAAGCAGUAGAGGCUCCUAACAGUUUAUCGCCAGGAUUGCUCAACUCCAAUAUUUCGGCAUGGGGAGAUUCUUUAAGUUUUCACUCUUUAACUGGCCAUUUUACUGCGCAACUAUUUGAUCCAGGGGCUGCAUCUAUGAAUUUUGAAGACGCAAACAUUUUCCCUUUAAACAUAGAUACUAAGUUGAGUGCGGAGAGAAAGGAUAUCUUGGAUCCUUUUGGGGGUGAUGCCUCAUUUGGUUUAUCCAUGUUAACUACAUUAGAAAAUUCUCAACCAGUUUUUAAUCACGAUGGGACUAGAAAUGUCAACGAUGAUGAGGUGAAAGAGUCGAGAAAUUUCAUGUUUGUUCCAACUAAUAAUCCCUGUGAUGGAGGAGUUAGCAACACUGUGUCACAUUCUCAUGCAUCCAAGGAGGGUGAUAGUUCAAUAUCAACAAGCCUCACAUACAACAACGAGGAUGCCAAUGUAAUAUUGGUCGACGGUGCUUUUGACAGGAUGGAUAACGGUUUAAUGUCGACGAGUAAAACUUAUAACAAGGGAGAUGGCAACUUAUCGGUACCUCCGACAUACAAAGAGAUUUGCAAUACAAUAUCAAUGGAUCAAGGAUACAUUAAUGUAGAUAGUGAUGCAAUGUCUAUUGCUCAAGCUUACAACAAGGCCUGUGAUAAUUCUAUGUUGAGUAACCACUUAUUCAAUGAGGUUGAAGAUGACACCAUAUUGAUGCGUCAGACUUACCAUCAGAGACCAAAUGACAUGUCAUUUGUUUCUCAUUCUUAUAAUAAAGGAGAAAGCACUAUCAUAUCCUUUGGUGGCUGUGAUGAUGAUGAUGCAAUUCAAUCUGACGCAUUUGUUUCUGACUAUGCGCUGUUUAUGGGUCAAGCAGCUUCACAUAUGUCACAAGUUGCAAAUGAAAAAGAGUUGGUUAGAUCAAGCUCUAAACUAAUUCCAAGUACAGCCCAGAUGUCUGCAUCUGAAGCUGAAAAUGUUCCCAAGACAAAAGAGGAGAUGAAACUGUCUAAAAAAGCUACUUCAAAUAACUUCCCUUCGAACGUCAGAAGUUUGCUAUCCACUGGUAUGCUGGAUGGCGUCUCUGUAAAGUAUAAAGCAUGGUCACGGGAGAAGGAACUUCGAGCUGUUAUAAAAGGUGCUGGGUAUUUGUGCAGCUGUUCAUCGUGUAAUUUUUCUAAGGUUAUUAACGCAUACGAGUUUGAGCGGCAUGCUGGUUGCAAGACAAAACACCCAAAUAAUCAUAUUUACUUUGAGAAUGGAAAAACCAUAUAUGGAGUGGUACAAGAGCUCAGGAGCACUCCACAGAAUAUGUUAUUUGAAGUUAUUCAGACAAUAACUGGUUCACCUAUCCAUCAGAAAUCCUUCCGCAUUUGGAAAGAAUCCUUUUUGGCUGCAGCACGUGAGCUCCAGCGCAUAUGUGGUAAAGAUUAA